UGUGCUUAAACUCAAACCCCAUUUUCAUUACCAUUUUACAUAUGAGCUUAAUUCUCUUGGCAAUGGCUACCCGAGGAUCUCACUCAGAGAUUGAGCUGGUGGAGGAAACAUCUGCUACGAUCACCUCUCGAAAUCAUCAACACGACCUCUCUAGCCUCGUCGCUGAGAGAAUCAAGCUAUCUCUAAACUCCAUGUUAACGAGAUUUCAUGCAGGUUAUUUCAGAAUUAGCUUGUCCUUAGGAGGGCAAGUUUUAUUAUGGAAGACGCUCAUAUCUCCGAUCGAUGAAGCAAAUCCUCUACGCCAUCUCUUCCAUUUGCUUCACCCAGCUGGAUAUUUCAUUCUAUGGUCUCUCGCUCUAUUUGUCCUUGUUUUACUUUCACUUCUUUACAUCAUCAAAUGCUUGUUUUUCUUCAGGAUGGUGAAAGCUGAGUUCUUACACCACGUAGGUGUUAAUUAUCUCUUUGCUCCUUGGAUUUCAUGGCUUCUUUUGCUCCAAUCAGCACCUUUCAUGGCUCCUGAGACCGUAUCGUACCUUGUGCUUUGGUGGGUGUUCACAGUUCCGGUGGUGGCACUCGAUGUGAAAAUAUAUGGUCAGUGGUUUACUAAAGGAAAGAGGUUUCUGUCAACGGCUGCAAAUCCGACUAGCCAGUUAUCGGUGAUAGGAAACCUGGUCGGUGCUCAAGCGGCGGCUAAUAUGGGGUGGAGAGAGUGUGCUGUUUGCUUGUUUUCACUUGGGAUGGUUCAUUAUUUGGUGCUUUUUGUGACUCUAUAUCAACGUUUAUCAGGUAGCUAUAGGCUUCCAGCCAUGUUGAGGCCAGUUUUCUUCUUGUUCUUUGCAGCACCAAGCGUAGCUUGCUUGGCUUGGGAGACCAUCGUCGGAGCUUUUGAUACUGCUUCUAAGAUGCUCUUCUUUCUCUCGCUCUUCCUCUGCACGUCUCUGGUAUGCAGGCCAACGCUGUUCAAGAGAUCCAUGAGGAGGUUCAACGUAGCAUGGUGGGCUUACUCAUUUCCUCUCACUGUCCUUGCUUUAGCCUCUGCCGAAUAUGCACAAGAGGUUAAAGGUGUCAUUUCACAUGUUCUAAUGCUUUUCCUCUCGGCGUUCUCCGUUUUGGUGUUCAUCGGAUUGGCAGCUUUCACACUUCUCAACUCUAAAAUGCUUUUACCUGAUCAUGAUGAUCCAAUUGCAGAUCUUUUCAAUCGUCUCCCAACUGUAACACCAACAAUUAGAGAAUAA